GAGGUAUAAUGGUACAAUUCUUUUCUUGGUAAAUUCCAUUUUGUUUGUGCUUUGCUUGGUUGCUUAGUUUGGUAUCAUCAUACGAUUCACUCACUCAAUCAAUCAAUGAAUGUGUGCUUUGCUUUGUGCCUUCCUUCCUUCCUUCCUUCCUUCGAUUACUUCCUUUACUGAUUCUAUUUCCAUUCCUUCAAAGCUGUUAUUAUAUAUAUAAUCUCUACACAACAACGCAACAGAACUUCAAAUACAUUUGCUACUACAAAAUUUAUUCCACAAAUUUAAAAAGGAAGCAAGAAGAUUCAUUGUUCAUUCAUACUGCAAAUAAUAAUCGCUACUCAUGUUGUUUAUGAGUAGAUGUUAGCUGCUGGGGAGAAAGGAACUCUAUACUGGUCAAAAGACAAACAUUGGUUGAGAUGGAGGGUAUCUCGACAGAUUUGGGGAAGACAUUUGUAGAGAAAUUGAUAAACGGUGUAAUAGGAAAAUCACGUUAUCUAUUUUGCUACAAGUGCAUUGCCAACGAAUUUGAAUUAGAGAAGGAAAAAUUGGAAGCAGAAUGGGAAACUAUGACACUGCGUUUUACAAAGGCAAAGGAAAAAGGUAAAGAUAUUCAAUCUAAUGCUCAAUUUUGGGAAAAGCAAGCUAAUAAGCUCAUUCAAGAGAACACUAAGUUAAAACAAAGAUGUUUUUUUGGAUUUUGCCCUGAUUGCAUAUGGCUAUAUAAAAGGGGAGAGGAGUUGACAAACAAAACGGAGGAAAUUAAAAAAUUGAUGGUAAAGGGAGAGAAACUUGAAAAUGUUGAACUCACCCGUAGUCUUCCAGAUGUUGAGCGUUAUUCUUCUCAAUCUUACAUUUCUUUUAAAACUAGGGAGUCGAAAUACAAUGAGCUUUUGAAUGCACUAAAAGAUGACAGUUACUAUACAAUUGGAUUGCAUGGGAUGGGGGGCACAGGAAAAACUACCAUGGCAAAAGAAGUGGGCAAACAACUUAAGACUUCAAUGCAAUUUAAUCGUGUCAUCUUUACUACAGUGUCCAAUACUCCUAAUAUAAAAAAGAUUCAAGAUGAUAUUGCUGGACACUUGGAAUUGGAAUGGAGGGCCACCAAUGAGUCAACCCGGCCUACACAGCUAUGGGACAGACUCACCAAUGGUGAGAAAAUUCUUGUGAUAUUGGAUGAUGUUUGGGAUGAUCUCAAUUUUGAAGACAUAGGGAUUCCAAAUAGUGAUAAUCACAAAGGAUGCAAAGUUCUUGUAACCACACGAUAUUUUAAGGUAUGCAACCAAAUGUCAUGUGCAAAAACAAUUCAACUAGACCUCUUAUCUGAAGAAGAGGCAUGGGAAAUGUUCAAAAGGCAUGCUGAGCUAAGUAAUAUUUCCUCCAAAAAUAUUCUUGACCAGGGAUGCAAAAUUGCUCGUGAAUGCAAAGGAUUACCAAUUGCAAUUGCUACUAUCGCCAGAAGUUUGAAGGGAGAAAAACGUCAAGAAAAUUGGGAUGCUGCCUUAAACUCCUUACAAAAUCCUAUGCUCAUGGCCGGUGUUGAUGACACUAAGUUGGAGGGUUCUACAUCAGGAAAAACAGCCGCAGAACCUUCUUUGUCCACCAUUUUUGAAACAAAGAAUGAACCACCUAUACAAUCAGACGUUGCUCCUAAACAAAAGGGUAUAAAGUUAAGUUCUGAAGAUGGAAUUACAUCAGCUAAUGCCAAGACAAUAACAUCGUCAACUCAUUCAAAAUCAGCUAAUUCGUUAGGUCCAACGGCUACAUCUUCACUAGAAUAUGGUGAUGGCCAAAUAGUUGUAGCUUCUCCUCCAAUUUCCUUGACAAAGACUCUUAAUGAUGAUCAAGGGGACCCUUCUCAAAUAGAUGAAAAGGAAGAUGGUGAUGACCAAAUAGCCACAGCUUUUUUCAUUGCCACUACAGAGACCAAUAAUCAAGUUUCUCGGAAUGAUGAUGCUUUGAAGAAAGUAAGCUCAAAUAUCAAGGACCAGUUUCCUAAGAAUAAUGAAGAAACAAUUUCCAAAUCUCCUGUUCCAUCUCAAUUUCCCUUGGUUCCUUCUAAAGGAGACCCUUCUCAAAAAGUAGAAGAAUUAAGUUCUUCUUUGCUUGUGAUGAGGGAGCUUGAGCAACUGGUCACCAAGAAGCAUUUGGAUGAUGAGAACUUGUGUUUGUUGAAUGAUUUCCUUGUAAAUCAUCCUUCAGUUCUUUUAAGGGACACUUCACUUAGUAAUAAAUACAAGGGCUAUGCUUACAACUGCCUUGCUGAGCUAUUGAAAUUCCUCAAAACUCAUAGCGUGUUGGAAGUAUUGGGCUCAUGCAAAACUGAAUUUGUGGAAUUAUUACAAGAUGCACGCAGCUUUGCUUUUGAUAAAGAUUGGUUUGAUGGUAUCGAGAGGCGCACUUUGUUUCCUGAUUUACAAGUCUCUCAAGAUGUACUAAAAAAUCUAUCAGUUUCUAAGCAACAAGUUACAAAGGAUGUUGAAGUACUGCGUUUGAAGAUAGAGGAUCUUAAACAUCAACUAACAUCCUCUGAAGCUGUUUUGGAGAAUAUCAUUCAACAAGAGGCAGCUUUAAGCGCCCCUAUUGGAUACUAGACUAUAUUUUCUUGUAUUUUCAUUUCUUCAUUGAUAACACCAUACGAAUUUCACUUCGUAAACUUUUAUCCUUCAGUAUUGAUUAUUCCUUGGAUAUGAAGUUUCGUCAUUUCUCAUCUGAAAUGAACUAAACCGUCUUAUUAUGUUUGUAUAUUUAAAACUAUUAUUGAUUGUUUGUAUACACACAAGUAAGAGGACUUAUUAUUGUGAGAGAUGAGAGGAUCAAUUGUCGACCGUUAAAUUCAUAUCAAUGGAUAAGAUUAAAUCGGUCA